AUGAAUUAAAUUAAAUAAUAAUAAUAACACUUUUUGAACAUCUUAAGGUAAUAUUAAGAAAGAUUAGUUGAAUUGACAAAUAAAAAUGAAAGUAAAACUCACUUGAUCAUAGAAUUACUGAAUAAGGAAGAAUAAUUGCAAUUAUAGAUAAGAUAGAUGCAGAUAACAAUAGAUCGAUUAACAGAAGAAAAUAACCAAUUAAAGUCAGAUAUGUUACCUUAUGGCUCUAUUAGUGAAGUUAAAUAAUUAGUUGAAUAAUUUAAAUAAAUACAUGCUGAAUUAUCUCAGUGA